UCACUGAAUCCCAUUAAACAAGAUGUAAAGUAUGGCAAGCUUCCCUAUGUGGCAAAUAUCUUUCCUCACAAGGGUUAUGGUGCCCUCCCUCAGACUUGGGAAGAUCCCCAUCAAAAAGAUAAGAGCACAGACUGCUGUGGAGAUAAUAAUCCUAUUGAUGUUUGUGAGAUAGGCUCAAAGGUUCUUUCUCGUAGAGAUGUUGUUCAUGUGAAGAUCCCUGGAAUUCUGGCUCUUACUGAUCAGGGUGAAACAGAUUGGAAAUUAAUUGCUAUCAAUGUGAAUGAUCCUGAAGCCUCAAAGUUUCAUGAUAUUGAAGAUGUUAAGAAGUACAAACCUGGUUACUUAGAAGCUACACUUAAUUGGUUUAGAUUUUAUAAGAUACCAGAGGGAAAACUGGAAAACCAGCUUGCUUUUAAUGGAGAAUUCAAGAACAAGGCUUUUGCUCUUAAAGUUAUU